UUUAGGUCCAUUCCAUGAUGGCUGAAGAUCCUGGAGGAGCUUUUUUCAAUUUCUCCCUCAUUUUUCUCAUUUUCUCUUUUCCUCUGCUUGUCACUGAGACAUGGCAGGACAAACAGCCUCGCUAGGCGGCCAAAGACCCUUGUUACCGUUAUGCCCAAGAAAGGGAACCGAAAACGGCUGAAAUUUCGGGCCGGGGACGUCUGUUCGGAAUCGGUGACUGUUGCUGAUUUCGCCAAUGCCGAUCCAGCAAUUGUGAAGUCUGGGAGGGUGAAGAAGGCCGUUGCAAAUGCAGUUGAAAAAGAAGUAAAGUUGCUGUGUGGACUGGAGGCGUCACAUGGUCCUGUACAGGAAGUGUUGUCGUCUGUGGCCAGCGUCACAGCUGACACCCUGGAGAGCAGUGACGACCUGGACCCUGAAGAGGAUGGAGAGAACGACGUCAAAGGGGCGCGCAAGAAGAAAAACAAGAGAAGAAAAGAGAGCAGUGAAUGCAGUGAUGGGGGGGAGUACCCUAUGGAUAUCUGGCUGGUGCUGGCAGCCUACAUCCGUCCAGAAGACGUGUGUAGGUUUGCGCUGGUCUGCAGGAGCGCCUGGACCGUCACCUGUACCGCAGCCUUCUGGACCAGGCUCUACAGGAGACACUACAGUCUGGAUGCCCACCUGCCGCUGCGCCUGCAGCCGGGCAGCGUGGCCAGGAUGCGCUGCCUGCGGGUGCGGGUCAUUCGUUCCCUCUUCCACCUGUACGAGCCGUUCAGCUCGCGCGUCUCCCACAGCCCGCUGCUUCCCGAGGCCACGCCCACAACCCUGCUCAACUCCAAGUGUCUGCUGUUCUGGGACAACAAGGUGGUCGGGACUCGACCAGAGCCCAUGUGGGAGUUCAACUUCAAGUUCAUAAAGCAGCAGGCGCGCUGUAAGAACGGCAGUACCCGGGCCCUGCUGUUGCCCAGGCAGUACGAAGAGGUCCACUCCAACCCAGACUCCGACUGCUACCUGCUACAAGUCACCACUCUCAACUUCAUACGGCUCAACCCAGUCAUCAUGGGCAUGACCCUUACCCUGUUCACCAUCAACGUGAGCACAGACAUGCGUCACCACCGCGUUCGCCUGCUCUUCCAGGACUCUCCCCUCCAGAGGGGGAGGAAGGCGGGGGAGCAGGGGGGGACCCAGGUGGUGCUGGACCCGGUACACAGCGUGAGACUCAUGGACUGGUGGCAUCCGCAGUACCCACCCUCUCCCUACACAUAGAACCUCUCCUCCACCCCUCCUCCCCACACCACAGCCUCUUAUCCACUGUUCCUGUAGCUCGUAUAUUCUUCUGCAGUGUCUUUGCCCCUCUGUUCCUCUCUCUGAACCCUCCUCUUCUGCAGCAUCAACCCCAUGGGAUCUGAGGGAAGCAGGGAUGAUCACUUCCUUCUGCAUUGGCUUUUGAUUUGUUGAUGUGUUCUUUUAAAUGAGGGAACUCAUGAUUUAAUUAAUCAUUUUUGAAUGGGGAUUUAGGAUUUGCCGUGUUUGUUUAUUUCCUUUUUAACUUUUAAAUACCCUAUUUCUAUUGGCCAGCAUUGGACUCUGAGGAUUCCUAGCAUUCUUAAGGCAGAUAGAUCAGUGUUCUCUAUAGGAAGAGCCAAAGACUCACCUCAAGCAACAUCUGCUUUCCAACUUUGAUUUGACCAUUGGUUAGUUUUUCUUCUGUGAUGCUCCCUGCUUUGGUGUCUUCAUCAAGGCUGGGGUAGGAGAUCAAUCCUGCUGCACUGGAUCUACAUUAUGAUGGUAAUGAUGACUCAGUAUUGGGUUUCUCAAGUUGUAUGUCAUGCAAUGUAAAGAAUGUCAGUAAAAAAAAUGAAAACAUCAUCAUGCUUGAUCAUAGUGUGUAUGAUUAAUGGGCUGUCAAGGACGGUCAACAGAAGAGCUCUUAUCGUUUUC